AUGAACAGUAAUAAAAAAACUGAUAAUCAAAACAGUGAUAAAGAAAAAGAUCAAAACAGUGAUAAAGAAAAAGAUAAAGAUGAAAUUUUAAAGCAAGCUUUAGAAAACCUUACAAAGUCAUCCAAACACUUAAAGAAAAUAUCUGAAAUUACCAAAGAAAAUACAAAUCAAUAUCCAUUGUUAGAUAAUUUAACUGAGGAAUAUAUUCAGGCAGAACAUUUAUAUGAAAGAACACCUAAAAUUUUAAAAAUGUUGCAUUCAAUUGAUUUAAUUGAAAUGUUGGUGUCAACUGAAGCCUGUCAAGAUUUUAUUAAUUUAGAUUAUGAGUUAGAACAUUUAAUUGAAACCACUAAAGACAGAAUGGGCAAUAUAAAUAUAUUUUUUAAAAGAUUUGAAUACGAACAUUUUUUAAAAGAUAAAGAUAAUGAAUUUUUUAAAGAACUAUCUGCUUACAAUAACCAAGUGAUUGAAUCCCUAAAUAAAUUGGAAAACAUAUAUGAAACUAAUUCAAAUAACAUCAUCAAAGGUUAUUUUAACAUUGGUGUAACUCUAUUCAUUUUAAUAGCAACUAUUUUAAUAUAUUAUUAUGUGUCACCCGCCACCUCCUCAUCUGAUGCCGCUACUGCCACAUCCUAA